UCGCGCGUUGCGUGUUUUAUUUUAACCGACUCGAGGAAUGCGCCAUGUUUAACAAGGAAAAAUUUAUCCAGUGCAUCCAAGAUCACCCCCCAAUAUGGAAGAAGAGCUGCAAGGGGUACAGUGAUCGUAAAUCAAGGGAGAAAAGUUGGCAUGUUAUCGGUGAAGUGAUGUUCGAUGAAUGGGAUGAAAUGUCUGAAGAGGAGAAGCAAGAUCAAGUGAAAGAGAUGAAAACCAAAUGGAGACAUAUGAGGGAUUCUUUCAGCAAAUACAUUAAUCAAGAGAGAAACGGAGAUCCUACUCUAAAGAAAAAGAAGUAUGUCUACGCCGACUCACUAUCAUUCUUACUACAAACUCUGUCCAAGCGAACGACGUCAAGGAAUGUUUCUCGAGAGAUAAAAGAAGAGUAUAAAAGCCAAUCCCCGCACGAAAAGAAUGAAAGCAGCGAAACAGAUGAAGAUGUAGUAGAGACUGUACGUACUAGCACUAAAGCAUCAGUUUUUAGGAAACCCAGUGCUCGAAAAUCGGAGACUUUCAAUGAUUUCGAACAGAAACUUCUGGAGAAAUUAGGUAAUCGAAAUACUCAAGAGGCAAGGGAAGAGAUUAGUGAAGAUUCGGAUAAGUCGUUUUUGAUGUCUAUUCUUGGAGACCUCAGAAAAUUAAAUGAUGAAGAAAAACUAGAUUUUCGAUUCCAUACCUUACAGUUCUUCCGUGAUAUCCAGCGUAAACGGAAGAUUCCACAACCUACUCUACAAGAUCAAUUCUCUGAUUAAGUACUCAAAUUUUCCAAUAAAUUUCACAGUUUUUCACUCCUUUUAUUUCACCAGAAUUAUCUUUGCACAUUUCUCCUAUAUAAUCUGUAAGCUCAAAGCCUUCUACAUGUUCUACAAAUAUUGUUUAUGAUAAUACU